CUCCCUUCAAGCAGCGACGAGGGCUUUUUUUAUUUUUUGUGAUUAUCUGCAUAUGCGACACUCACCUCGCCAGGUGCUACUGCGUUGAUUUCCGUGUGAGUUGGUCCCGCUCAGUUUGAGUGGCGCAAUGCCAGGGACAAUCCUGCCCCCGAGAUCCCACCGGCAACACGCACAGAUGGACCGCUCCUCGGCCUCCGGGCCGGACUUCUACCUGAUUGCCGAUCAGGAUACUGUGUACGAGCAGGAUCUUCUGCGCAAUCCCGGCAGCGUCAAGCCAUGGCUCUCUUAUAUCGAGUACAAGCAACAAAAUGGAACGCUGUAUGAGCAGGCGUUUGUGAUGGAACGCGCGUGCAGAGAACUGCCGAGGUCAUACAAGUUGUGGAAACUGUAUCUCGAGUUCCGGACGAACCACCUCCGAGGCCGCAAUGCGACAGUCUACAAGGCCGAGUACCAGAAGGUGAACGCGCUCUUCGAGCGGGCCCUCAUCCUGCUCAACAAGAUGCCGCGCAUCUGGGAGCUGUAUCUCUCGUUCCUUCUGCAGCAGCCAUUGGUGACGCAGACGCGACGCACCUUCGACCGCGCCCUCCGCGCCCUCCCCAUCACCCAACACAACCGCAUCUGGCGGAUCUACAAGACAUUCGCGCGGUCCGCGUCGGGCCUCACGGCCGUGAAGAUCUGGGCGCGCUACAUGCAGAUCCACCCGGAGAACGCCGAAGAGUACAUCGCCCUGCUGGUCGACAUGGGCCACUACACCGAGGCCGUCAAGAAAUACAUGCAGAUUCUCGAUGACUCGCGCUUCCAGUCCAAGGAGGGGAAGAGCAACUUCCAGCUAUGGACCGAGAUGGUGGACCUGCUGGUCUCCAAGGCGAAACAGAUCGAGACCGGCCCCCGGGUCGGGAUCGAUGUGGACGCCAUCCUGCGCAGCGGAAUCGACCGUUUUGCGGAUCAGAGAGGUAAGCUGUGGGCGGGCCUGGCGACCUACUGGAUCACACGCGGCAAUUUCGAAAAGGCGAGAGACGUCUUUGAGGAGGGUAUCACUACCGUCAUGACGGUCCGCGACUUCACUCUGGUCUUCGAUGCGUACGUGGAGUUCGAGGAAUCCAUCAUCGGGAGUCUGAUGGAGUCGGCGGCGGCGCGCACGGAUAACGGCCAGAGCGACGAGGAGGCCGAUUUCGACCUCGAUCUGCGCAUGCUGCGGUUUGAACAGCUGAUGGAUCGACGACCAUUCCUCGUCAACGAUGUGCUUCUGCGACAGGACCCCAACAACGUCAUCGAAUGGGAGAAGCGCGUCGCGCUCUGGGGCGACAACAAGCACGAAAUCGUACAGACCUACACCGCAGCGAUUGCCGCGAUCAACCCGAAGAAGGCCCACGGGAAGUUCUCGGAGCUCUGGGUCAACUACGCCAAGUUCUACGAAAACGGCGGCGAUCUGGAUACCGCACGGGUCAUCAUGGAGAAGGCCGUCAAGGUUCCGUUCAAAUCCGUGGCGGAGCUGGCCGAGACGUGGUGCGAAUGGGCGGAGAUGGAGCUUCGGAGUGAGAACUUCGACAAGGCGGUCGAGAUCAUGGCCAAGGCAACCCAGGCGCCCAAGCGCUCGACGGUGGACUAUUUCGACGAGACGCUCUCGCCCCAACAACGGGUGCACAAGAGCUGGAAGCUGUGGAGUUUCUACGUCGAUCUGGUGGAGAGUGUGUCCACGAUUGAGGAGACGAAAGCGGUGUACGAGCGCAUCUUCGAGCUCCGCAUCGCUACGCCUCAGACGGUGGUCAAUUACGCCAACCUGCUGGAGGAGCACAAAUACUUCGAGGACUCGUUCAAGGUCUACGAGCGCGGCCUGGAUCUGUUUAGCUACCCCGUGGCCUUCGAACUGUGGAAUUUGUACCUGACCAAGGCGGUCGACCGCAAGAUUGGCAUCGAGCGACUGCGCGACCUCUUCGAGCAGGCCCUGGACGGCUGCCCGCCCAAGUUCGCCAAGCCGCUGUAUCUGAUGUACGGCAACCUGGAGGAGGAGCGCGGGUUGGCCCGCCACGCGAUGCGGAUCUACGAGCGGGCGACGCGCGCGGUGUCGGACGAGGACCGCUUCGAGAUGUUCGAGUUCUACAUCACCAAGUCGGCCUCCAACUUCGGCCUGACGUCCACGCGGCCCAUCUACGAGCGCGCCAUUGCCGCCCUGCCGGACCAAGAAGCCAAGGAGAUGUGUCUCAAGUUCGCGGAGAUGGAGCGCCGCCUGGGCGAGAUCGACCGGGCGCGCGCCAUCUACGGGCAUGCCUCGCAGUUCUGCGAUCCGCGGACCAAUGCCGGCUUCUGGCAGAAAUGGGAGGCCUUCGAGGUGCAGCACGGCAACGAGGAUACCUUCAAGGAGAUGUUGCGGAUCAAGCGCAGUGUCCAAGCGCAGUAUAACACCGACGUCAACUUCAUCGCCUCCCAGGCCAUCGCCCGCAGCCAACAACGCACGCAAGCCGGGGACAAGCCCCUCGAGGACGGCGACGGAGACGAAGACUCGGCCGCGGCGGCCGAACACGCCGACGCCAUGGCCGCGCUGGAGAGACAGGCGCGGGCCCCCGUGGGCUUUGUGGCGGCCAGCAGCGGACCGGAGGGAGGCAACCGGCCGGCACAGCCGCAACCUGUUGGUGCUGUCGCGGCGCCCGUCAACCCGGACGCGAUUGAUUUGGAUGAUGAAAUGGACGACUAGUGUCUGCCUUAGGUAGUGAUGACAUUUUUGCUUGCAUAUCAGCCAGUUGCAUAGAUGAACCAACUCCAAGCCUCUAUCUUAUCGUCUCGUCCUCGUCCAACUCUAUCCAUUCCACCGCAAACUCCCAAAUCCAUCUCACAAAUGUACAACACACUUGACCUUGACCUACCCACAACCUACAACCCACCCAACCAAGAACCCAUCGAUCUCCUUUGUCCUCUACCCCAUCCCAUUCCAUCCCAUUUCAUCCUUUUUAUUUCACGCGCAUCAUCGCGCCCUGUAUCCGAAUAUUCCGUACAUCUUAUCUUACCUUCCCUUAUCUCAUCUUAUCUUGACGUUGACAUUGGAAUAUGAAUAUCUUCCAGGGUUCAAUACAAUUACCAUUCCUCCCCCUGC